UAAAUACUACUAAAUAUAUGAGAGCUGCUCAUUUUACAUUUUUACACUGAUGAAUAGUGAUCCAGAAUCAUUGAUUCCUACACCUUGUCCCCAUGUCUAGUCAAAAAGCUUCUUUCAUCAACUCCGGCUCAUUAAAAUUACCUCUCUCUCCUCUCCUUCACCAUCUCAGAGAUUGCUCCAAUAACACAUAGAUUUGGUUACCAGAACAACUAUUACUUGAAGUGGUUCAACCUCUCUCUAUCUUUUCUCUCUCUUUCUCUUAUGAAUACACAUAUAGGUAAUGAUAAGAGAGGUUGACACCUAGAACUGAAAAAACCAUGACUUUCAACCGAAGCAACCUCUUCUCAUUAUUCAUCCUCCACCUUCUAGUCCCCACACAAGUCCAAGCUCUCAACGCUGAUGGUGUUCUUCUGCUAUCUUUCAAAUACUCUAUCCUCAGUGACCCUCUCUCCGUUCUACGCAACUGGAACUAUGACGAUAAAACACCAUGCUUGUGGACAGGUGUCACAUGCACAGAGCUUGGGAAGCCCAGUACACCAGACAUGUUCAGAGUCACAAGCUUGGUACUUCCCAACAAACACCUUCUUGGCUCCAUCGCUCCGGACUUGUUCUUCAUUCCGCAUCUAAGGAUCUUGGAUCUAUCCAGCAACUUCUUCAACGGGUCACUCCCGGACUCGGUCUUCAAUGCUACUGAGCUUAGUGUUAUCUCCCUUGGAAGCAACAAUCUCUCUGGUGAUUUGCCUACGAGUAUCAGCAGUGACACAAACCUCCAGCUCUUGAACCUCUCAGCUAACGCAUUUACAGGAAAAAUACCGCUCAGCCUCUCACUUCUGAAGAAUUUAACGGCCGUUUCCUUGUCAAAGAACUCCUUCUCAGGUGACAUUCCAGGUGGUUUCGAAGCAGUAGAGGUUCUUGACCUCUCUUCAAACCUUCUGAACGGCUCUCUUCCUCAGAACUUGGGAGGGAGAAGCCUGCAUUACUUGAGCUUAUCACACAACAAACUCUCCGGCGAGAUUCCUCCAGGGUUUGCAGCAAAGUUUCCAGGAAACGCUACAGUCGAUCUCUCCUUCAACAACCUAACAGGCCCAAUCCCAACCUCCCUCUCUCUACUCAACCAAAAGGCUGAGGCUUUCUCCAGUAAUCCAGAGCUGUGUGGGAAGCCGUUGAAGACCCUUUGUUCAAUACCUUCCACUCUCUCAAACCCUCCAAACAUACCUGAAAACACUUCCCCGGCUAUAGCUGUCAAGCCAAGAAGCUCAGCUCCUCCAACAAACUCUUCAACAGAGUCACCAAACCAAACGGUGAAAAGCAAGCUGAAGCCAAGCACCAUCGCCGGAAUCAUUGUUGCGGACAUAGUUGGUCUAGCUAUCAUAGGCCUCUUCGUGCUCUACGUUUACCAAGUCAGGAAACGAAGAAGGUCCCCAGAGUCCACCACGUUCAGCCUCUUCACAAUCUGCCUUGACAAAAACGAAGCCAAGAAAUCAAAACCAAGCUUCGUCGUUGAGGUCAACGUCACUGAAUCACCAGACGCUAAAACGUCUUGCGGCUCGUGCAUCAACGGAGGAAGGUACGACGAGACGUCGACGUCGACGUCAGAGAGCGACGUAGAGAACAACCAGCAAACGGUUCAGGCAUUUGAUCGAACAGAUGGGGGGCGAUUGAAACAGAACGCUCAGACUAAACUAAUCACAGUCGACGGAGAGACUCGUUUGGAUUUGGACACGCUACUAAAGGCCUCAGCUUACGUAUUGGGAACUAACGUGACUAGAAUCGUGUACAAGGCGGUUCUUGAAAACGGCACGGCGUUCGCAGUGCGGCGGAUAGAAACGGAGAGCUGUGCGACGACGAAAGUUAAGGACUUUGAGCGGGAGGUUCGCGCUAUAGCUAAGAUUCGACACCCGAAUCUCGUCAGGCUUCGUGGGUUCUGCUGGGGAAACGACGAGAAGCUUCUCAUCUCCGACUAUGUUCCCAAUGGCAGCCUCCUUGGCUCCUUCACCGCGACUAAGUCAAGCGCAAGCUCGUCGACACCAACUAUGCAACACCCACUUUCUUUCGAGGCACGGCUCAAGAUAGCUAAAGGAAUGGCGCGGGGACUAUCUUACAUCAACGAGAAGAAACACGUGCACGGUAACAUCAAGCCCAAUAACAUUCUCUUGAACUCUGAGAAUGAGCCCAUCAUCACCGAUCUGGGCCUAGACCGUCUCAUGACACCAACGUCGAGCUCACCGUGCUACCAGCCACCGGAGCGGUGUACAAGCGAGAAACCGAACCCUAAGUGGGACGUUUAUUCCUUCGGCGUCAUUCUAUUAGAACUUCUCACAGGCAAAACGUUUUCGGUCGAUCAAGAUGUAGAUCAGUGGUCAGAGUUACUAGACGGUUCUGAAGCGGAAGAGAAAGGCCGGUUCUUGAGGUUAGUCGACGGUGCAAUAAGAAGCGAUGUGGCUCGGCAUGAGGAUGCUGCGAUGGUGUGUUUCAGGUUAGGGAUUGAAUGUGUGUCUUCCUUGCCUCAGAAGCGACCGUCCAUGAAGGAAGUAGUGCAAGCGUUGGAGAAAGUGAGUGUUUAGUUUGGUUUCUUGAAGUCCAAGUCGUUGGCGUUAUUGUAGAAAGUGGAUUUUGCUUUGUGUGUUGCUUACUCUACUGUCGUAUAAGCUGUGUAUCUCUCCUUCUAACUACUCUUUUGUGUUUUUGGUUAGUUAAUUAACCACCUUUAAUAAGCUCCGUUGUUCA